AUGCAAAACAACAUCGGCGAGCUCCUCUCGCUGAUGGAGGUGGUGGACGCGGCCGCGUUUGGCGGCGAGGAGCGGCGCGCCGAGCUGCUCGAGCGGUACCGCACCAUCAGCAACCCGGAGCAGGUCGCGGAGCUGCAGGCGCUGCUGCGGCCGUAUAUGCUGCGCCGCACCAAGGCCGAUGUGCAGGAGAAGCUGCCGCUCAAGACGAAGACGCUGGUCAAGGUGGAGCUCACCGUCCCGCAGAAGCGCGUCUACCGCGCCGUGCUCGACCGCAACCUCGCGCACAUCGCCAACCCGCGCGCCUCGCUCUCCAACGCCUUCAUGCAGCUCCGCAAGGCGUGCAACCACCCUCGCCUCCUCGAGGGCGGCGCCGACGGCGAGGAGGAGGCGAUCCGGCGCGCCCUCGACGCCGCCAGGGAGCUGGAGGAGUCGCUCGUGCACGGGUCGGGCAAGAUGGUGCUUCUGCACAAGCUGCUGCCGCGGCUGCGGCGGGGCGGGCACAAGGUGCUGCUCUUCUCGCAGUUCAAGAUCAUGCUCGACAUCCUCGAGGACUACCUGCUGCUCCGCCGGCCCGAGCUGGGCGGGUACGAGCGCGUCGACGGCGACGUCGCCGGCGCCGAGCGGCAGGCGGCCAUCAUCGCGGCUAUCGACCGGUUUCAGGCGGACGAGGACUGCUUCGCCUUCCUGCUCACGACCCGCGCCGGCGGACAGGGCAUCAACCUGACCGCCGCCGACACGGUCGUCAUCUUUGACAGCGACUGGAACCCGCAGGGCGAUCUCCAGGGGCAGGCGCGCGCGCACCGGAUCGGCCAGUCGAGGCCCGUCAAGGUGUACCGGCUCGUGACCAACAACACGUACGAGCAGCGCCUCUUCGAGCGCGCCUGCCUCAAGCUGUCGCUGGAGCGCGCGCUCCUGCAAGGCGACUUUGGCGCCGCCCGCAGCGGCGAGCAGGGCCGCGGCGGGCGAGGCUCCAGCAGCCGGCUGUCGCGCAGCGAGCUGGACGAGCUGUUGCGGUAUGGCGCGUACGGCGUGCUGCGCGGCGACGACGAGGCGGCCCGCACCUUUUGCGACGCGGACAUCGACAAGCUGCUCGAGGAGUCGGUGGAGGUGACGUACGGCGAUGGGCCUUGCGCCGUGGUCGGGGGCGGCCCUCGCGGGGCGGAGUGCGGCGGAGGCGAGCUGCUCUUCCGCAUCUUCCACUUGGUCGCCAAGCCGGACGGGCUGCACGACGUCCGCGCGGUCAAGGAGGACGAGCUCGACUACAUCGUGCCCGCCGCCGAGGAGGAGCCCAUCUUCCUCCGCCGCAACCGCGACGGCAGCCUCGACUUCCCACCCGACGUGCGGCCCGCGCCGGCGAGCGCCGCGCAAGGUAGCACUCCGGAGGAGUCACGGGACGCGCAGAGCGGCGCCCUCGUCUGGGCCUUCGCCUUCGAGGAGCUGGGCCCGAGCGCCCCCUCCUCUUCCGCCCUCUCGCUGCCCGGCCCGGGCGGCGUGUGGCGCACCGCGGUGGUGCGGCGCGAGCGGCGCGACCGCUUCACCUACCAGCGAUGCCUCGUCGCCCCGGACGGCCGGCAGUGGCGGGGCAGCCAGCUGCGGCAGCUCGCAGAGCACCUGUUCGCCUCGCGGCCAGAGCAGCUGCGGCAGGCCCUCUACAUGCUCAACUUGCCGCCCGACCGCGAGACGGGCGAGGAGUCGGAAGGAGGGGCCGCCAGCGGCGUGCCGUCGCCCGCAGUGGCCGCGGAGGUCCUGCCUGCUGCCGCCGUCGCGCUUCCGCCGGCGGCGCUUCCGCUGCUGGACCUGUGGAGCGUGCUGCCGGGCGGGCGGGUGACGGGGCAGGUCUUUGGCAAGCCGGGCAUCCGCGACGGGACGAGGAUAAACACGGCGCGGGUGGUAGAGGGCGUGACGCCCUCCGCUGGGUCGACGCUGCGCACCAUCUCGGGCUCGAACUACAUCCUCGGCGAGGCGUGCCCCGGUGUGGGCGGAGGGGCGGCGCUGUGA